AUGGCCGGGCGUAGUAAAGCCAAAGACUCUGAGACCAGCCAAGCGCACCGGGGCCUACACUACGAGCUGCUACAGAUCCUCCUCCACUUGCCGAUCGGUCGCGCCGAUGCUGCUGAGCUGGCAGGACCUGCAGGUGACAUGUCCAAUGCGGAUGAGGAUGUCAAAAAGGGAUUGGCUGAGGCCUCCAUCACGCUGAGCGCUGAACAGCUGCGGAAGCGUGAGGGCGAGCUUCUGUACGAGGUGUUUGUAGUCUACCUCCGCAUCCUCCGGCAGCGGCAUCUGCACAGCCGUGAGUUGAUGGGCACGGUGCUCACCGGCCUAGCGCGGUGGGGACAGCAGGUGAACCUGGAGCUUCUUCUUGAGAUCUUGUCAGAGCUGCGCCUGGCAGUCAAGGAUGCCAUAGGAAGAUCCGACGAGCUGGUGGCACUCCAUGGCCUCAACUGCGCCUUGGUGCUACUCAGCGGACCUUCCCAGGCCUUGCUCACAGAUGUGAGCUGGCUUUCAGAUUCGAUGACGAGUGCCCUUGCUUUGGCUUUACCUGGACAGCAGCGCGUUGUAACGUCAGUGUUCAUGGUCCGCCCGCGCGAGAGAGCGCCGAACCCGGGACCUGGUGUCCGGCGUGAACGGCCUGCGGGAAUCAUCGGCCGCCAGGAGCCUGCCGUGCGACGUGGGCGUCUUCAACCUGCCAGUUUGGCGCGGGCCACAUCGCUUGGCACAUCGAGGAGCCUCUCAGCACCCCGAGGUGCCAGGCGGACUGCCUCCAUCGGAGCACAGCCACGGGUCAGGAGCACCUGGGACCCUGCACCGACCGAGCCGAACGAGGACUGGUGCUUUGCCUACUACCUUGCAAGCAGCCUCGACAUACAGGCGUUGACCGAGAAUUGGAAGGCAAGCCUCAGACGAAUGCCGCACGCUUCACCGCGACCUGUCAUUCGUUUCCACAGCGAUGUGGCCUUGUUGAAGGUUGACGAGAAAGAUUGCUUUGUCUUCUCCUUCGGCUGUUUGGUCUGCUGGGGAUGCACUCCUCAAGAGGUCCACGCCGCGCGGGACUCCGUGAAGAACUUCUUGAAGGAACCGCUGACCUCCACACAGGUGGAGAUCGAUCAUCUCAACAUCGCGGGGGGUGAUGCACUGCCGGCGUGCCACAAGGUGCAGGAACGCAUUGCCAUCGCCUACUCCUUGGCUCAGUCUGUCCGCCUCAGUUUCUGGGAACAGCGUAUUGACGAGUGGAUAGCUGCCACACGCAACAUCCCAGAAGACAUGGCUCGCACAGGCCGUGUGCUCCUGAGCAGCCAGCACGUUGCGAAGAUGAUGGGAGAGCUUUUCGCGUUGAAAAACCAGGUGAAUCUUGAGUUCGACACUCUUGACACCCCCGAUGUGUUCUGGGAGUUUGAAGAAGCCGAGCCCAUCUACGUCUACGCAAGGCAGCAUCUGGAUGUGGACCGGCGGAUCCACAUCGUGAAUCACCGUUUCGAGGUGCUUGAGGACAUGUUUGACGUUCUCAAAGACAAGUUGGAUGAAAGACAAGGGAGCAGGCUCACCUGGAUCAUCAUUUGGCUUUGUGCCCUGGAGACUGUUUUCUCGGCUCUCAAGAUUAUUUGGACAGCGGGGCUCCUCCCAGCUGUGAAAGAUGCCGCACACUGGCUCCUGGAAAGUGUGUCAUGGUCCAAUGGCACCGUCCCAUCGAACACCAGUUCACUGGCAUCGAUGCAAGUGCGGCCAGCCUCUAUCCAGGAAGCACCUCGCGACUAUAUCUUCGUUUUGCCCAUACUGGGCACCCUCGAUUUUAUUUUGCAUCAUGCCACGCUGCUAGCGAAGAGCUUUCUAAGCUCGGAAGAAUCGUAA